CGGGGCGAGCGCUCGCGCGUCGCUAAGUUUCCGAUGACGGAUCCCGCGUGAGCGCAGCCCCAGCCAGCAGCCAGCCUCUGAGCGUGUGGCGAAGCGUUUCGCCGCAGCAGAACAAGAUGAUUAUCCCGGUGCGGUGCUUCACGUGCGGGAAGGUGGUCGGCAAUAAGUGGGAAGCCUACUUGGGUCUGUUGCAGGCCGAAUACACAGAAGGAGAUGCGCUGGAUGCCCUGGGACUGAAGAGAUACUGCUGUCGCCGCAUGCUGCUCUCUCAUGUCGACCUGAUUGAAAAACUACUCAACUACGCACCUUUGGAGAAAUAACUUUGCUACACAAGGCCUGAACGUUUUUUCCCCAUGGCAAAGAAUGAUAAAAGAUUGGGCAUAUAUUCGGCCACAUUUUCAUUACUUUCCUCAAUCGGCUGAAAAAUUACAUGAGCGAAAAUGGCAACCGCAAUCAUUGCAUUACAGAAUACAAAAUCUCUUUUUUUGUUUUCCGUGAGAAUUAUUACAUGUUCAUUCCACCAGUAUUUAAGUUAAAGUUUUGCAUUGUACAUUUAAAGUUUAAUAAAAUGUUUGUUGCUCA